AUGAAGAAGUGCUCCCUCUAUUUUGCCAAAUUAAUUUUGUGGAUCUUCAAUUUGUUGUCUUUAUUGAUUGGACUCACAUUUAUAGGUUUGGGUUCUUGGAUACUGGUGUCCUUGAAAGAUUACGAAGAUUUUUUAGAAAACCAGAUAAUAUCAGCUCCGAUCAUAUUAAUAACAACGGGAGCAGUAAUUGUGGUUGUUUCGUUCUUUGGUUGUUACGGAUCUUGGAGGGAAUCCAGAUGUCUUUUAAAGACUUUUUCAGCCUGUUUGUUUGUAAUAAUAAUCCUAGAAUUAGCUUUCGGAUGUUUAGCUGCGGUAUACUUUGGCGAUUUUGAGAAUGCAAUUCGAAAUGAAAUGAUUGACACUAUGAAUUUGAUCCGAGAUUCUGAUGACUCGGAAUGGGUGAAACAGUCGUGGGAUGCGAUGCAGGACGAGUUAUCAUGUUGCGGAGUUGGAGGACCACGUGAUUGGAUAACGAUGGCUCAAACUAAAAUUCCGGAAAGCUGCGGUUCAAACACUGUCGGUUGUUUUUCUGCCCUUACUGAUUUUGUUGGUGAACACACAAAGACACUUAUCGGACUCGCUUUUGGAUUACUUUCCAUAGAAAUUUUGGGCAUAAUAUUGGCAGUGUGUUUGGAUGUUGGAAUAAGCCGUGAAUAUUAUGGAUAUUGAAAGAAAUCAGCCACUCUAAACUCGAAAUGUGAUAUUAUUUUUGAACAUAUAUUUUUGAAUAAAU